AUGGCUCCCAUCGAGAAGAACGAACAACCCAAAUACCUGGAGGGCGACAUCAAGGCAUCGGCUCUCGAACUGAUUGGCAACACACCCCUCGUGGCAUUGGACCGCCUUUACACCGGGCCCGGACGCAUUUUGGCAAAAUGUGAGUUCAUGAAUCCUGGUGCAUCAAUCAAGUGCCGCUCAUCGUUGAGCAUGAUUAACCGUGCUAUUGCAUCUGGUGAGCUGAAGCCUGGUGAACCUGUGGUGGAAAUUACCUCCGGCAACCAAGGCUGCGGUCUGGCUGUGGUGUGCGCUGUGUUGGGACAUCCUCUGACGCUCGCCAUGUCCAAAGGUAACAGCGCUCAAAGGGCACUUCACAUGGAAGCUCUUGGCGCAAAAUGUGUUCGAGUAGAUCAAGUUGAAGGUACUUACGGAAAUGUAACUUACGCUGAUGUAAAAGCUGUUGAAGAGGUUGGCAUGAAAAUAGUGGAGGAACAGAAUGCAUACUUCGUUAAUCAAUUUCACAACGAGGCCAACGCUGAUGCUCACUACAAGAGCACGGGACCCGAGAUCUGGAAGCAGACAGGACACCACGUAGACGCUUUCGUAGCGACAGUGGGUACCUCUGGUACAUUUGCUGGCACCUCAAGGUAUCUGAAGGAGCAAAACCCUGACAUCAAGACAUAUGUCGUAGAACCGGCUGGUGCUGAAGCUAUCGCGGGAUGCCCAAUCACGAAACCUCUUCACUUGCUGCAGGGAUCAGGAUAUGGUUGGAUUCCUGAUUUGUUCAAAUUUGAGCAUAUGGAUGGCACAUUGAGUGUGACUGAUGAGGAGGCAGUAAAGUAUAUGAAGUUAGUCGGUGAGAAGGAAGGUCUGUACGUGGGCUACACUAGUGGGGCCAACGUGGCGGCUGCUGUCAAGUUGUUGGAGUCAGGGCUGAUCCCUGAGGACGCGUGGGUGGUGACCCUACUGAACGACACGGGUCUUAAAUACACACCUGUGCCUGAGGAGUUAUUCAAGUGA